AUGUCAAGCGGAAGUCUGGGUGUUGCUGAUAUUGUUGGAAUUGCUGUCGGAGGUGUUCUAGCACUUGCAACAGUCGUUGGACUUGCCUUCAGUUUUUAUGCAAUGUGCUGUAAGAAAAACAAUUCGCCCCAAGUCUAUCCUCAGCAAGGUCAAUAUCCACCCUAUAAUCCACAAAAUGGGGCGUACGGGCAGCAGAUGAAUACGGGUUAUUAUCAACAGUAUCCGCCUUAUCAACAAGGGCACGGGUCAUAUAACAAACAAUCGAUGGGCUAUGAUCAACCGCCAUCGUAUUCAGUAGCAAAUACAGCAGAUAGUUUCCUGGGAAAUAUCAUUAUGAUGUAUUGUCAGCGUAAGCUUCUUCUUCUAUUACUUUUCAUCUUGAAAUAUCGAAGUGAGAGUUCAGCAGAUAUUCUCAAUCGUGUAUCGAUUCUCGAUCAAAAUUGGCAUUCUCAAAGAGAGUUCGAUUUAUUGAAGCAGACGAUUCUUCAGUCAAACGCGUUCGAAAAAGAAAUCUGGUCUAAACAAAAAUGGUUCAAGAACGAGAAUAAUUUGACGUGUGUAUCAUCGACAGCAAAUCGUAAUGAGAUUCCAAAACGCGAGCUGAAUCAAAAUUUGAAAAACGUUGAAAAAGUAGAACUAGACUAUCCAGCAAUUUCUAUCACAUUGGAGAAAGUAUCUGGAAAACAUCUUGCCGGCAAACAUUUAUACCAGCCAAAUGGUGUUCGAAUUCGGUUUCCAGAAUUGAAUAUCAAUCAAUCAACAAUCAUCAAUUUAAUGACUUUACCUUUAUCGUCAAUCGUUUCAUUAACGCUACAUAACCAACAUGGCGAAGUUCUCGAUAUUAAAAAUACGGCCAAACCAUUUGAAAUUCUCAUCCCACGGCCACUUACCAGUGCUAUUUCAUCGGCCAUGUUCCGACAAAAUGUAACUCUAUUAUCCAACAAAUCGGAAUUCACAUUCUAUCACAUCAAUUUAACUCAUCACGUCAAUUUAUCGAUAUCAUUGCACGUGGAAUUUGAACCUGAAGAUAAAGAUCUGUCGUAUUUAUUUAUCAUUCGAUUCAAUGGUGUACCAAAUCUGCGAACCAAUCUCGUUGAUGACUCCAAACUUCUCUGUCCGAAAGAUCGAAAAAACAAUUCAUUGAAAUACAUCUACUUUCUUCCGAAUACUCUGAUUUCACACCAUCAAUGGGCUGUUCUUGGUAUUCGUGAAUUAAAGAAAUGCAAGAUUAAUGGUCAGCAUGGUGACAACCGUUUUUCAUCGGAUUACUCUAUUCGAAUGUAUACAUCCGGCUGCUAUUAUCUUCAUAAAGAUCAAACUUGGCAGUCUGAUGGAUUGACUGUUGGUAAAGAAUCAAAUGAACGUUUUACACAAUGUUAUUCGACACACUUAACAACCUUUGCUAGUGGUUUUGUCAUUCUGCCGAAUCCUAUUGAAUUCAACGGCGAUUUCUCAAUUGAGCGUAAUUAUAUAAUCUAUAUUACCUUGAUCGUUAUCGGUCUGCUGUAUGUGGUCACAAUCGCAUUUUCUCGUCGUAAAGAUUUAUUUGAUGCAAAGAUGUUGAUGGUCAUUCCAUUACUCGAUAAUAACCCACGUGAUACUUAUCUUUAUCAAUUAGUUGUAUUUACAGGGAUGCGGGCUAAUGCAGGAACAAAGUCUAAGGUACAUUUCAUUCUUUCGGGAGAUAAGGAUAAUACAAAUAUACGAACCUUGACAGCUGAUCGACAAAUACUUGGCCGUGGACAAGCUGAUUCAUUUAUCAUGGCCGUUCAAAGACCACUUGGUCAAUUGAACUAUCUUCGCAUUUGGCAUGAUAAUUCCGGAUUCGAUUCCGACGCUUCGUGGUAUCUGAAAUAUAUUCUCGUUCGAAAUUUACAAACAAUGGAGACGGAUUACUUCAUCUGUGAAAAAUGGUUAGCCGUCGAGAAAGGUUCAGGCGAAAUUGAUCGAACACUGACAGUCGCAAGUGAAUUCGAACAACAUGAACUGAAAUAUACGCUAUCGAAAAAUGCCUAUCGAUCGAUGGCUGACAAUCAUUUAUGGUUCUCGAUCUUUGCUUAUCACUUACCAUCGGCAAAUCGUUUUACUCGAGUACAACGGUGCACUUGUUGUUUUGUAUUGCUCUUCAUUAGUCUAUUGAUGAAUAUUCUCUACUAUGAUGUGAAAGAAAAUCUUACACAAGAUGAAUUGGAUGAAUUUGGAUUAACGAUCGGUCCAUUUCAUAUUUCAAAAGAAGAGGUCAGCAUUGGUGUUAUGGUUGAACUAAUCAUUUUCCUUCCAAGCUUAUUUCUCGUUACUCUUUUUCGUCGAAUAAAACUACGCCAUCCUCGAACCAUCUCUCCACUUGGUGAAGCUCUUCAUACUAUCCGAGCAAAGAGAUCACAGCUUCCAAGUGAAAUUCCAAGCAAAAAAAAGAAAUUUCUUCUUCCCUGGUGGUUUCUAAUCAUUGCCUAUUUUCUUUCGUUCUUGAUGGCUGCAACGUCAGUUGUAUUUAUUCUAUUCGCCAGUGUUCGAAUGGGAAAUGAAAAGGUACAACAAUGGCUCGGUGCGAUUCUUGCCAGUUUUUGUACAUCGGUAUUGAUUACACAGCCGUUGAAAGUUCUCUCGCUGGCGAUUCUGUUCAUGUGUAUUUGUCGAAAGAAAGAACAGGAAGAAGCGUUUAUUGAACAAGAAGAUCCAGUGGAGGAUUUUACAAUUUCAACUACGGAUGCACAUCGAAAAUUUCCACCAAAAUCGAUUCUGGCUAAAACUCGUCUUGACUCUUACCAUUCAAAACGCCAAAAAGAUCUGUUAAACCAUCUACGUUUGAUUCGUCUGAGAGAAGUUAAAGCAUGGUUUAUCCUACGUGAAUUAUCUCUACUUUUGAUCUUCCUUGCCGUUCUAUAUGCGAUCAGUUAUGCGAAUCGCGAUAUCGAGCAGUCCCAUCGCAUGGUUCAUUAUCUACGACGAGAAUUCUUAAGUCCAGACCGUCGCUAUGGCAAACAACCUAAUUCAGGACAUAAAAACGUGACUCAUAUCAGUGAAACUAUUCGGUCAAUCGAUGAUUAUUGGAAAUGGCUGGAACUAGUUUUUCCGAUUAAAUAUCACAAAACAAUGUGGAAAUAUAAAGAAAAUAGCCGAACAUUGCUGUUGCAACAUACACGUGCAAAUCACGUCAUCGGUUGGCCAAUUUUACGGCAAUUACGUGUGAAAAACGACUCAUGUCCACGCAAAGUUCUUCGCAAUCGAAUGGAAGUCGACGAUUGUAAUCUUCCCUACACAUGGUACAAUCAAGCAACAGCACCAUUCGGUGACAAUUUGCAUAGUGUUACAUCGGAAAAAUUUCUUCAUUCAUUUCAAUAUAAACCAUCUGAAGACAAAACAUUGAUUUAUUCAACAGCACACGCUACUUAUCUCGCCGGUGGUUAUGUGCACGAAAUUCAAGGGAUGACCAUUCCUCAGAUUCGAGCGGGUUUUGAAAAUUUACGAGCACAUCAUUGGAUCGAUCGAUAUACACGAGCUGUUUUUCUGACAUUUGGUUUGUACAAUCCCGAUGCGAAUCUAUUUGUCUACUGUUCGUUUCUUCUGGAACAGUUACCAGUAACCAAAACGAUCACCUUUCAAGCAUCAUUUCAGCCAUUUAAACUUGUGAAAUUGUACACGGGAACUGAACUCAUCUAUUGUCUCAUUUAUUUAGCUUUGAUAAUCUAUUAUAUGGUAAUAGAAGUCAGAUUAUUCUUGUCAACACGUCAAAAGUAUGUGAAACAGUUUUGGUCAUACAUCAAUUGGGGGAUUAUUGUCUGUUCAUGGUUUGGAAUAGUGAUACAUGUUCUCCGACAAAUAGAAAUGAAGAAAAUGGCCAAGACUUUAACACAAACCAAAGGACAUAAGCCAAUUAAUCUUCAAAUUUUCUCGUAUUUGGACAAUCUUCUUAAUUAUCUUCUUGGAUUCUGCUGUUUCUUCGGUACAUUGAAACUACUUUGUCUCCUUCGCUUCAAUCGUCGUCUAUCACUAUUACAUCUAACAUUGAAAAGAUGUGCGCGACAACUUCUCGGUUUUCUCCUAAUGUUUUCGAUUGUCUUCAUCGCUUUCGUGUCAUUGUACUAUCUUCUAUUCCAUGCUUACGUCAAGGAGUAUUCAUCAUGGUCAGAAACAAGUUGGUCAUGUUUCGAGAUGAUUGCAUUGCACUUCACGACUAUAUACGAAUUAUCACAUCUCAACGCCUUCAUCGCAGGUAUAUCCUUAUUUCUGUUCGUUUUUUUGGGUGUCUUCAUGUUGAGUAAUAUGUUUAUUUCGAUCAUCGUGGAUAAUUUCAAUAAGCUCCGGCAAGAACAAUUAAAACAGGAGAAUGAAGUGGAAUUGAUUCAAUUUAUGACGACAAAAACGAAGCGUUGGCUAGGCCUGCAAUCAUACAAAGAUGAGCUGGAAAAGACUAAAAAUCCAGUGACGGAAUUUCCAGAGAAAAUCGAUCGGCUCAUGAUCGCGAUUGGCAAAGUAUAA